AUGAUUACAAUCAAAUUCUUAGGAAAAUCAUUUAACCUCUACUCUAAAUACAAAACAUUCAAUUUAUAUUCAAGUAGCAGUCAACAAACAAAGAAAAUGACAAAAUUAAAGAUUGGAGAUGACGCCCCAGAGUUUAGUUCCACCGACAAGGAUGGAAACCACGUCGAUCUCGCCCAAUUCAAGGGUAAGAUACUGGUACUCUAUUUCUACCCAAAGGACAACACACCUGGUUGCACUGCAGAGGCAUGUGAAUUCCGUGAUAAAUAUGAAGAGUUUGUUCAAGCUGGUGCAUCAGUUGUCGGAGUUAGCUCAGACUCUUCUGAAUCACACCAAAAGUUCACUUCCAAAUAUAAAUUACCAUUCACUUUGAUCACAGACAAGAAAAACGAGAUUGCACACAAGUAUGGUGUUGGAAAGGAGUUGCUAUUCCUUCCAGGUCGUUCCACUUUUAUCAUCGAUCAAAAUGGAAAGAUUGCAUGUGAGUACUCAUCAUUGUUCAAAGCAACCAACCAUAUCUCAGAGGCAUUGAAAUGUAUCAAUGAUUUAAAGACAAAACAAUAA